AACUACUUCAACUGUUUUCAAUACUUCCAUGCCUUAUAAAUUGACUUUCUCAUUUCAAGGUUUUGAGCUGAAGAAAUUUACCAGAAAACAAAAGCUGAAGAACUCAUUCCCUUACCAGGGGCAUUAGAAGAUUAAAAGAGUUGUUGCUGCCAAUCAAAUGAUGCUGUUGAGAAGCUCCUCCACUCCAAUUUUGUCUUCAGCGCUCACAGGGAAACCAGGAAGCCUAUUAAGAUCAACAUCAUCUGGUGAAAACCAUCUAAAAUUAUCAUUUCUUGCCGAUCCAUCUCCAGUGAUGUUACAAUCAAAGCGUAUUCUUCGGGUAAACUCAGACGGAAAUUUAAAUCUCUCAAUUUUACCUGAAGAAAAGGAGAUUGAGAUCGAGAAUGAGACUGAAUCUGAUCCCCCUGUUGAGUUCAAUGAAGUUGAUUCUCCGGUUAAAUUUCUUGAAUCGCUUGUUACAAACCCUAUAACAAAGCUCCAACAGAUUCCAUCAUUCUCUGUUUAUGAAAGGGAUUGGUUAGAAGAAGAAAAGCAGAAAAACAUGAAAGAAAUUGAUGAAACAGGGGAAGAAGAAGAAGAAGAAGAAGAUGAUGAUGAUGAUGAAGAAGAUGAAGAGGAAAAAGAAGAAUUUAGUUUCAGUUGCCCUCAAAUGAAUGGUGGUUCUGCAAAUCAAGAGGAAGAUAAUGAAGGGUUUGGGUUCUUCCAGGAUCCACCGACAUCUUUGAAUAUGGCUAUAGGGUUAGGUCUUGGAAUGGAUCGAGCGAUGAUGACGAAGAGAAGAACGGUUGAUUAUGAGCAAUUGCAGCAACAUUAUGAGAAGAUUAUUGAAGACAAUCCUGGAAAUCCACUCAUGUUGGGAAAUUAUGCUAGAUAUCUAUACAAGGUAAAGGAAGACUACAGGAAAGCAGAGGAAUUCUACUCUAGGGCAAUCUUAGCAGAGCCAAAUGAGGGUGAAGUAUUGUCUGAGUAUGCUAAAUUGAGAUGGGAAAUCCAUGGAGAUAAAGAGAGAGCAUCUAACUACUUUGCACGUUCUGUUCAAGCUUCCCCUGAAAACUGUCAUGUACGAGCAGCGUAUGCUUCAUUCUUAUGGGACACUGAGGAGUCGGAAGAUGAACAGGAAAACACUCAACACCUUCAACAACUCACCUAUGCAAAUGCCAAAUAAUUUUUUAACUUUUUUUUGUCUUCUUCUGAGGUAACAUGGCCUUGUUCAAUAGAGGCUUUGGGAUGCACCAGUAAGAGGAAGUGAUCUGAUUCAUAUGGAAGGAACCAAAAUAGUUAAAGACAGGCCUAAAAUGACCAUCGGUGAAAUAGUGAGAAAAGACAUCCAACUUUGAUCUUGUCUCAACUAUGACCUGAAAUAGAGUUGUUUGAAGGGUAAAGAUCCAUAGCAAACCACAUUUUAAGUGGAAUUUUAUUGAAUUGUUAUGUUCCUUCCUUUUACUAUUACUACUAUCUUUUUUUUUUUCCCUUGUCUUUGCAAGGAUCCAUGUAGCUGACCUAUGUGGUUGGGAUAUUGGCACUGAAUUGUUAUUGUUGUCAUCUAUUGUUUC